GCGGUCAAUUCAAAGAUGAAUUUAUAAACAAAUGCAAAAUGCCUCGCACAAAUCAAACUAAAGAAAAAAAUAACAAUGCAACUCCUCAGUCAAGAAGAAAAAGUUCGAACCCAGCACGUAGAAGUCAAAGAAGUGAUGGAGAGACUUCGAGAUCAGGAGGGGCAACAAGUCCAAGAAAAAGAAGAUAUAGGCCAGGAACGAAAGCUUUGUUGGAAAUAAGAAAGUAUCAAAAGUCAACAGAUUUACUUCUAAGAAAAAUGCCAUUUGCAAGACUGGUGAGAGAGAUAUGUUUAGCCCUUUACCCAGAUAAACGACACUUAUGGACUGCCCAUGCUUUAAUGGCUAUUCAGGAGGCUGCGGAAGCAUACCUUGUCCACUUAUUUGAAGAUGGAAAUCUAUGUGCUAUACAUGCAAAACGGGUAACUAUAAUGCCAAAAGACCUUUAUCUGGCACGACGUCUACAUGGAGGAAUGUAUGCGCCACCAGCAUUUUGAAAUUUCUGUUUUGUCAUAAGUUAUUGUUGAAGUUGCCAAAAGAUGUUAUAGAUCUGGAAUGGAAUCAUCAGCUAUAUCUGGAAAUUUGUGCUCAGCUUUUGUUUGGAAACAACACCAUGGUGAUAUAAAAGAGAAAGGGAUUUGAGGAUUCUUUCUUGCAAGCUUGAAUUGCUAAGAUUAGGAGAUGAUCAGAAUGUAGUUAUGGCAGAAUUAUACCUAGAUUAAGUUCCAAUGUAUUUUAUUUUUUGUUUUUAAAUUUCAGGUUUAGAAGUGUUUAAAAAAAAUGAAAUUAAUUGACAUUUAGAGUGAUAAAAUGUCUAGGGUGGUUGAACUAAUGUUGACCUAUUUUUGGGCUCACUACAAAUCUAGUGUGAAAGAAGCAUGUUUAUAUACAAUGUAAUAUUUGCAAUUUAUAACUGUGUCCCACUUCAAGGAAGAGGAAGUACGUUUGCUUAUGUAGGUUUGUCCAAAGGUGGAAGUAACGCACCUAGAGAGAUUUAUAUGACUAAUGACUAAUAUGUCAAAAAUAAGGUCACGGGGAAACGUUUUAGAUCAAUAACUGUAGAACACAUGGCCAUAUUGUAAUCAAACUAGAACAGUUUUUUAGCACGACUUUUUGAAGAAAAAGAAGAGCUAUUGCACUCGCCCCGGUGUUGGCGUCGCCAUUGGUUAAAGUUUUUGAUCCAAGUCAAAUAUCUCUGUUACUAUCAAAGCUAUUGACUUGAAACUUAAAAUAGUUAUUUACUGUCAAAGUCUACACCAGGAGAAACAAUCCCCAUAACUCUGAUUCGAAUUUUGACAGAAUUAUGCCCCUUUUUAACUUAGAAUUUUUGGUAAAAGUUUUUGAUAAAGUCAAAUAUCUCUGUUACUAUCAAAGUUAUUGACUUGAAAUUUUUAAAAUACUUAUUAACCAUCAAAGUCUACACCAGGAGAAACAAUCCCCAUAACUCUGAUUUGAAUUUUGACAAAAUUAUGCCCCUUUUUAAUCCACCGCCACAAGUGGUGGGGGGUUAUAGGAAUGGUCUCCGUCUGUCCGUAACAUUUUGUGUCCGCUCCAUAUUUCCUAAACCCCUUGAAGGAUUUUCAUGAAACUUGGAUCAAAUGAUCACCUUAUCAAGACAAUGUGCAGAACCCAUGAGUCAGCCUUGUCGGCUCAAGGUCAAGGUCACAACUCAAGGUCAAAGGUUUGAGCCUUCCAUUUUGUGUCUGCUCUAUAUCUCCUAAACCCCUUGAAGGAAUUUUAUAAAACUGGGGUCAAAUGAUCACCUCAUCAAGACGAUGUGCAGAACCCAUGAGUCAGCUAUGCCGGCUCAAGGUCAAGGUCACAACUUAGGGUGAAAGGUUUGAGCCUUCUAUUUUGUGUCUGCUCUAUAUCUCCUAAACCCCUUGAAGGAUUUUCAUGAAACUUUGGUCAAAUGAUCACCUCAUCAAGGCGAUGUGCAGAAGUUAUGAGUCAGCCAUGCUGGCUCAAGGUCAAGGUCACAACUGAAGGUCAAAGGUUUGAGCCUUCCAUUUUGUGUCCAAUCUCUAUCUUCUAAACCCCUUGAAGGAAUUUUAUAAAACUGGGUCAAAUGAUCACCUCAUCAAAACGAUGUGCAGAACUUAUGAGUCAGCCAUGCCAGCUCAAGGUCAAGGUCACAGCUUAGGGUCAAAGGUUUGAGCCUUCCAUUUUGUGUCCACUCUGUAUCUCCUAAACCCCUUGAAGGAUUUUCAUCAAACUUGGGUCAAAUGAUCACUUCAUCAAGACAUUGUGCAGCAUUCAUGAGUCAGCCAUAUCAGUUCAAGGUCAAGGUCACAGCUAAAGAUCAAGGAUUUACCCUUUCACUAUCCAUAGCAGUGGCGGGGGAUUUAGCUGUCUUUCAGACUGCCUUGUUAACUUAGACUUAUUUGUUAAAAUUUUUGAUCAAGUCAAAUAUCUCUGUUACUAUUAAAGCUUUUGACUUGAACUCAAAAUAGUUAUUUACUAUCAAAGUCUACACCAGGAGACACAAUUCCCAUAACUCUGAUUCGAAUUUUGACAGAAUUAUGCCCCUUUUUAACUUAAAAUUAUUGGUUAAAGUUUUUGAUCAAGUCAAAUAUCUCUGUUACCAUCAAAGCUUUUGACUUGAAACUUAAAAUACUUAUUUACCAUCAAAGUCUACACCAGGAGAAACAAUUCCCAUAACUCUGAUUUGAAUUUUGACAGAAUUAUGCCCCUUUUUAACUUAGAAUUUU